UAUAGAUCUAUAUAUAUAUGUAUGAAGAGAGAGAGAGCUCAACAUCUAGUCAUUCAUUAAUUUUCAUUCAUGUGUGGGUUUACUCCUCCUUAUGUGUAAAUGUUUUCAUUAUUCUCCUUUCGAGAUGCCGACGACUCGGUGGAGAAUGUGCCUUUCCGAAUACCUGAUUCCAGACCACGAGACUGAUGUGCUUUGUGAAAAUAUGAGGUUUGAGUGCUGUGGUCAGUGGAAUUGCAGCGUGGACUCCAACAUACUGUUGACUGUCCUGAAACAAGAUGGCUGUUCUGGGCUGCUUUUAAACCUCUACAGGAUCAGUGUCCUGAAAUCUGGACAGCUGCUGCUAAAUAUGUGACUAGAAAGGCAUUCUAAACAACAGCCAACUUUCCGGGACAUCGACAUGUCUUAUAUCGUCAAAGCUUAAAUAUUUGUUAAUCUAACCGCAGUAUCUAAUUUACAGUAGCUAUUCCAGCGGGACAAAAUACCAUGCUAUUGUUUGGGGAUAGUGCACAACAACAAAACGCUUAUCAAUGCUACUUGUUUGAUACAUUCACCUCUGACAUAUUGGCUACACAACACGUCAUUUAGCCUAAUGAAGGUAAAACGUCGUUAGGCACCAAUUAGACCAGCGGUGUUCACUUGAUUGACAGUCUUGGUUCAAGGACCACCUAUCAUUUGAAAACAAUCUAGCUAGAUAGCCAAUGAGCUGGGCUUUCCAGCAGCAUGUGAACACCUUUUGUACUACAAACAACCAUCAUGCUAGAGCUGUGGGCAACAGUGUUCAUUCUCUGGUGAAAGCAAACAGGACUCACGGUAGUUAAUGAUACGCAGCGGUUCGUUCUCUUCUACAAACUUUUGUCAAAACUAAAAAAAGAAAACAUGGCUACUACUAGUGGAAAAGCUACAUCCAAGUUUACACAUUUGGAUGAGAACAUUGCAGAAAUGGACUGGGAGAGUGACAUAGAACUGAUGGAUGAGGACUCCAUGAGUGAGUACAGUUUUGAUUCCAGUGAGGAAGAAAUGUUUUUGGAAGGAGAAGAUCCACUUUUAGAUCAAUGUAGAGACUCUGAUGACCUGUGGGAGCCACCUCCAAAGAAACCACAUUCAAGUCCAUCCCACACUGAUUCAAACAUAGGAAGUGGUUCCUCCAGUCUGACCCCUGCUGCUGUCUCUGGCUCCACACCCACCCGUCCAUCUAGAGGUGUUAUGAGUCCAGACCAGAAGCGGAGGAGGGCCAGUGUACCAGCGGCAACUUCAACCGAGGGAGAGGACCGUUGGCGCACUGUGCUAGAGGAUGAUGUGGAGCCACUUCCACCAACAUUUAGACCUAAAAGGCAGCCAGGACCUCAGCUGGACAUGACUGGAAAGUACAGCCCCCUUCAUCUUUUCCAGAUGUUUUUCUCCUUGUCAGUUCUUGAUUUGCUUGUGUCUAACACCAACAAGUAUGGGGCUAAGAAGCAAGCAGGCAAGAAAGAGACAUGGAAGCCCAUUUCCGUCCAAGAAUUAUACUGUUACAUCUCACUGGUCAUUUAUAUGGGCGUUGUGAAGUUGAAAACCCUGAAGGACUACUGGAGAAGCUCAAGACUCUACCAACUGCCUUUCCCCACAACUAUCAUGUCUUGUAAGAGGUUUCUGACUGUCUCGCGGGCGCUUCAUAUCAGUGACCCACAAGCUGACGACAAUAAUGAGAAGAAGAAGGGAACAGCAAGCUUUGACAGGCUCUGCAAAAUCAAACCUCUCUACUCCAGCAUUGUUGAGGCCUGCAAGACCCAUUUUCAGCCUGCCCAGAACCUGUCCAUAGAUGAGAGAAUGGUAGCCUCAAAGUCCAGAAUUGGCAUCAAACAAUAUAUGCCUAACAAGCCAACAAGAUGGGGUUACAAACUGUUUGUUUUGGCAGAUUCUGCGUGUGCCUACACUUGGAAUUUCUUUGUUUAUGAGGGGAAGUCCAUCUCAGCCACCGGUAUGGGACUUGGUUAUGAUUCCGUAAUGAAAUUAUUGGAAUUUCCACUGCUGGGGAAGGGCUACAAACUGUUUGUGGAUAACUUUUACACAAGCCCUACUCUGUUUACAGACCUGAGGAAGCUGAAGGUAUGGUCUUGUGGAACCAUUCGUCCCAACGGAGUGGGUUUUCCCAAAACAAAAGUAAACGACAUGCCUAAGAGGGCUGAAAGGGGUACCAUGAGAUGGAUUCGUAAAGAUGACCUGCUCUUUGUAAAGUGGAUGGAUGCCAGAGAGGUGGUCAUGUGCUCCAGUAUCCACAAAUCGUACAGUGGCGAUCACAUCGGCAGGCGUGCGAAGGACGCUAAUGGGACAUGGACCAAGAAAGCUGUCCCCGUUCCAGCUGCUGUAAAGGAUUACAAUAAGAGCAUGGGAGGUGUGGACCUGUCUGAUGCGCUGAUUGGCUACUACAAUGUUCUCCACAAGACAAUGAAAUGGUACAAGACAUUGUUCUAUCACUUCAUCGACAUUGCUGUGGUGAAUGCAUUCAUCCUCCAGAAGGAAAUGGCUAGGAUCUGUGGAAAGACCCCCAUGACACAGCUAGCCUUCAGAGAGCUGCUCAUCCAGGAGCUUGCUGACUACGGCACAAAGUCCACUGCAGCACCCUCUGUCCCCUCUACCUCUGUCCCCUCUACCUCUGUCCCCUCUACCUCUGUCCCCUCUACCUCUGUCCCCUCUACCUCUGUCCCCUCUACUCCUGCCUCCAGUGAUGUUCACCUUCCAAAAUACAUCACUGCAGACCUGAAUGUGCCUCGGGGACAAAAGGGCUCAGUAGGGAGGCUUCGUUGUGCUCUGUGUCACAAGAAAUCUCCCAUCACCUGCACUACUUGUGCUGUUACCCUCUGCUUUACAACAGAGAGAGACUGCUAUGGGUCUUGGCAUCAGCAGCUCAAUCUGGUGUAGAGGACUGUGGGUGUUCUAAAUACUCUAAAUGUAAAUAUGUUUUUUCUCCCUUUGUUUGUGGUGUGUACACUUCUGACAUUAGAGCAGCGUUGGCUGCUAACUUGGCCGUUUAUCUUAAAUACUUCACUUCUGUGUUUUGGGAGGCAUUGGAUCAGCGUUCUCGUCUUAUCUCCUGUUAGUAACUUUUAUAUAGGGAUGCUAAUGAUCCAUUCUGUAUGACAUUCCUGGGAGUGUGUAAACUUAGUUUUAUUAUUAAAGCAUUUUAGUAUGUUCUA